CUUCGCAUUGAUUAUAUUCGCAUAAAAUGCUAUCGGGAAUAAACGCAGAUAGUAAGCAGACAGAUUAAUUCAGUACAGUUCCAAUCGUCACUUUGUGCUGAGCAAACAUAUAAGCCUAGAAGGCUAACCCUGUUGCACAUAUUACAAUUCCGCGCAAUUCGCCAUGCCUGAUAUUCGUCCGCUGUCUCCUGAGCUUGCCCUGAAGGCAAAAGAAGAGCUGAACGAAAUUCCAGACCGAAUAGAAGAGGAUUUAGCAACGCUGCGUACAUGGUUGGCCAAGAGCCCUCACAUCAAGUCACGCAAUGAUGAUCAAUUUCUGCUCAUGUUUCUGCGUGGUGCCAAACAUAGCAUCGAACGAGCCAAGCAAAAGCUUGACUUAUACUACACCAUUCGAACGGCUCUGCCUGAGCUGAUCAGAAAUCGUGAUCCUUAUGACGAGAAAAUGGCAGCCCUGAUGAGACUGGGAUCAGCAGUUCCUCUGCCCAAUACCGAAACCCCAUCUAGUCCUCGCAUUUUCCUUAUUCGACCAGGUGCUUAUGACCCGGCCAAAUUCACCAUCCAAGAUGUGUUCAAGUUUAACUCAAUGAUGGGAGAUAUUAUGAUGAAAGAAGAUGACAACUUAGGCAUUGCUGGACAGAUGGGAAUCCUAGAUUUAUCCAACACCACGAUGGCCCACUUCUUGCAAUUCAAUCCCACGUUUGUGAAAAAGGCCACAAUGUGGUCGCAAGAGGGUUCACCGUUACGUUUGAAAGGAUUCCACUACAUCAAUACACCUUCUGGAUUCGAAACUGUCUAUAAUUUAUUCAAAUCUUUCAUGACAGAGAAAAACCGAUCACGGCUGAUGGUACAUGGUAGUAACAUGGAAUCCCUGUACCAAUAUAUUCCAAAACGUUUGCUACCAUCGGAAUACGGUGGUGAUGCUGGCCCGAUUCAAGACUUAGUUGAUAAGUGGGUCGCAAAAAUAGAGAGUAACAGUGAUUACUUCAAGGAAGAUGAACAAUACGGAACUGACGAGAAGAAACGGCCGGGAAAACCUAAGAAUGCGGAUUCGCUUUUCGGCAUCGAAGGUUCAUUCCGAAAAUUGGAAGUAGAUUAAUUGAGUGAAUUAUUUUUCAUUGGAAUAUACUUCAUUACU